AUGGCCGCCACGUACAAGCAGUUCCUCGCUGCUCCCAACUCGUCGCUGCUCGCGCCGAAUGCGACACUCUACUACAUCACCACGACCACCACUUACAGUGGCCCGACUGAGAUCAUCAAGCACCUCAACACCCUACGCAACCAGGUCAAGAAGAAGAAGGAGGACAUCUUGGACAUUGUCGAGGGCCGUGAUGCAAUUGCUGCCGAGGUAGAUACCUCUCUGGAGUUCGUCACCAGUGGAGGCGCCUACCUGCCUGGCCUUGAUGACAACUUCUUGGCUGACCGAACCGUUCACCUUCCUAUCAUGCACGUUGUAAACUUCGAUGGCGACGGCAGGAUUUCGCAGAUCAGGCAGACCUGGGACCAGGGCGCCCUCCUGAAGCAGUGCGACAUCAUUGGGAAGUCGGGCCGCAACUGGCCCAUUCGGGACAGCACCGAGCAAAUCAAGCUCAUCACCAAGGGCCUGAAAGCCAGUGGCAAGGUUGAGACAGCCCCCGACACCAACGACCUGAUUAACCGGUCCCGAGGCAGCUCGACCAACGCUCUCCGCGACCCUCAUGCCUCUCUCUCCUUGUUCGCGCCCAGAGAGCAACAGGCCGAAGAAAGCCCCCGGGCGGUCGUGUCACCUUAUGCAGGUACCCGGCCGCAUCAACGGUCUUUCACAGACAUCUUGGGCAAUGCCGAGCCGGAAGAGCCCGGCUCUCCUAGCGCGGGCCGUGAGCGUGAUGACUCGCCCAGCAAGACCGUCGCUCCCAAGAGCGGUGCCGGGAAGAACUUCCAGCCCAGUCGCCUGUUCGACGCCGACGAGCAUGCCGACGUGCCCGACAGCCCUGAGCAACACAAGUCGCCCGAGAAGUUCUACCGACCGAACCCCAAAAAGUACCAGCACUUCGACUUCGCCGACGGCUCGGACCCGCAAGACACUCCCAAGCCUGCCGAGGGCCGUCCCAAGCCCAGCAAGCACGAUAGCAACUGGUCGUUUGAUGAUUUUGUGACGCCGCAGAAGAUUAAGCCCGGCAAGACGCAGCGCGCCCAGGAUGUUCGUCACUGGGACACCGACAUCAACAACUCGGCCAUCAAAGCGACCCCUGUUACGCAUGUAGCUCAAGUCAAGGGUCGCCGUGACGCCGAAGCACACUUUGACUUCGAAGACGACGGCCCGGAUGCCACACCCCGACCGGCAGGGCGGCCCAGGGGAGCCGGCCAAAAUAAUGGCCUCCAUCUGUAUGAUAACAACCUGUACAGUGAAGACGGCAAGCCCCUCCCCGCCGACUCGGACCGCGCCUUGGGCAACAUCACGAACCUGAACCACCGUCAGAAGGACUUUGAUCCCCAUUUUGCCAUGACGGACGACUCGCCGAACCCGACUGGCCAGAAAGGACGGCCCGCGGUCAGCGACUCUCGCAAGAAAGCCGUAACCCAGAUGAACUCCAACUGGGACUCCUUCGACCAAUCACUCGCGUCGCAGAAGGAGAACAGGCCUGAGGCGCAGAAGGGCCCCGGCAGUGGUAUUCACAUUGCUGGCGACGGUAUGGGCUCCAAGAAGACGAGAGACGACAAGGAUGCCGAAUCCAAAGGUAUCCACAUUGCUGGUGAUGGUAUGGGCGGCAAGAAGGGUGCCAAUCGCAACUGGCUCUACGGCGAUGUUGACGAGCCCGAGGAGCCUGCCAGAGCUAUCCCGCCCAAGGGCUCGGGCAUGACGGCGGCUCAGAAGAGCUUCUGGGAUUUUUAA